AUGAGAUCACUUCUAGACGUCACCGGCCCCGAAUCGGCCACCAAGGCUAUCUUGGUCGUGUAUGACAUCUUCGGCUUCUUCGACCAGACCAUCCAGGGUGCCGACAUCCUCGCUACGUCGACCGACCAGAAAUACCGCGUGUUCAUUCCCGACUUCUUCGAGGGCAGCCCCGCCGACAUCUCGUGGUAUCCCCCUACCACCCAGGAGCACAAGGAGAAGCUAGGUCACUUCUUCUCAACUAAGGCCGCGCCACCCAAAACCCUCUCCAAGAUCCCCAAUGUCGUCGCCGAAGGCAACAAGCUAGCCCCUGGCGGCAACUUCCAGUCCUGGUCGAUCCUAGGCUUCUGCUGGGGCGGCAAGAUCGCUUCACUGUCCUCCGGCGCUGAUAACAAACUGUUCAAGGCGGCCGUGCAGUGCCACCCGGCUAUGGUGGACGCCAAUGACGCAAAGGCCGUGAACAUCCCCAUGGCGUUGCUCGCCUCAAAAGAUGAACCCGCCCAAGACGUCAAGGACUUCGAGGCCAACUUGAAGGGGCCCAAGUACGUUGAGACCUUCCCAACUCAGAUUCAUGGCUGGAUGGCUGCGCGAUCGGAUCUGGAGAGCCCCGAGGUGCGCAAGGAGUACGAGCGUGGAUACAAGACCGUUCUCGAAUUCUUCCACCAGCAUUCGUAA